UGUUUUGUACGUUCUACAUUCUGAUCCGAGGAUCAGCUGGAGGCAGCAAUAAACAGAAGCAGAAUUUGCAGCGGAAAAAAAUAAGAGGAAAGGAGGAAAAAAGCUGCAGAUGUUAUGAUCUGAAAACAUCCGUGUAAAAUUUUUACACGAAGCCCUUCUUCUAAGAAGAAAGCCUUUUAUUUUUGUAUAAUGGUGUUUUAACUACCUCACUUAAAGGCUAUCUAAAGCUAUGCUUUAAGAAUUGUUGUCGUUUCUACUGUGUGUGAGAUCUCGUUUACAACUUGAAUAAUAUUGCAAAGGCAGGCCUUUGCUCCAAACCAAGUGAAACCUUACAUUUGCACUACAGAAGCCUGUCCACUCCUGUUUGUCAAAACUGAGAUCCAGCAAAGGGCUUCAAGUGAAAAAAAAGAGAGACUCAAAAGAUUAGACGACAAAUUGCAUAAAACAGCAACAAGCGAUACAUAAACACAAAUAAGAGACUCAAAAAGGCAGCUACAGCUUUUUCUUUGUGGACAACAAACAGCACCCAAGUCAUCGACCCUUGACAGUACAAGCAGUCAUGUUUCAGCGUCUGAGCAACCUGUUGUUUGGCGAGGUAGAAGAGGUGGCAGCUGAGCUGAAGGGACCCAACCCGUGCGUGACGGAGGCUGACGAGGAGGGAUGGAUGCUCGUCAAUCUGCCUGGAGAGUCUGACUGCAUGAUGCAGACAGAGGAUGAGACGGGAGCCCUGCCAAUUGCACAAUCAUUCCCAGACAGUAACCUAUCACAUCAUCAAGACACACGUACGAGGACUGAGUGCCAGGCCCCCAUUCCCCGCCCACCUCAUAAACGCCGUAGGACGCAUAAAGGUCAGGCACGAGGUGCGGUAGCAUCAUCAGACCCCCUGUCUUGCCCCAGCGCUAGCCCAUCAGACCUGGGUGCCGCUACACCUGUCACCCUUCCGAGGCGGGCCAGACUGUCCACGCCCUACUCCACCCCGUCAAUGUCCCCUGGCUCUGGGAGUGAGUGUGGGGGCAGUGGGGGUAGCAGUAAGGCAGGCUCAGAAAGAGGCUGCAUGGAUGAGAGCUGGUUUGUCACCCCUCCCCCCUGUUUCACUGCAGAGGGAGCCACAGCAGAGGCCAGCCCGAUGGAGGACCUGCUCAUUGAGCAUCCCAGCAUGUCCGUGUACGUGUCCCCAAACAACCUGUCCAUGGUCUCCAACAGCAACCUGUCUGUGGUGGGAGAGGAAAGCAUCAUCAGCCUGGCAAGCAGCGUGAGCAGAGUGGCUGAACCCGCUGCUGUCCCCGCCGCCUGCAGCACUAUGCCCACCAGGGUGACCCGCGGAGCAGCUGCCCAGGCCGGAGCUCUGGCGAAGGUCACCCAGGUGGCUAGGGUCCAGCGUAGCAAAGCCCGCAUGGAGAGGCGCCAUCUGGGCCGCAACCGCAUCCAACGCCAAAACCGCACCAGGGAGCAGGUCCCCCGCCACGCGGCCCACGCCAGAAACACCUUCCUUCACCAGCCCAGCAAGCGUAACUUCUGCCACUAAACUCCCGAGCAACCAGGGGGGCAUCGUUUACUCUGAGGGCAUUAGACACAAACCCGAAGACACAUAUGAUUAUAUAUUUUCACCCACAGAAUAUUUGCUUUCAUUUCUGCACAUUAUAUCACAUUAACUCAGAUACCAGUAGACCAGUAGCUCUUUUGUUUUGGUUUAUACACAAAGUGGCUCCAUCUGGUAGUUUUAUGCCCCAUUCUGCCGUUAUAAACUAGCCCUCUGAGUAGAUCUGUGUAGACCUUUAUAUACUUAUUGUCCAUUGCAGUAUCCAAACAACUAAAAAAAAGUCUUCAAAAAAUAUUUACACAGGUUAUACUUAGCAACAAUAAUGUCUGAAAAACAACAAAAAAUUUUAGCUCUACUAAUUUUUUCCUAUCUUAGUAAAAUAUUCUCCUUUCUUCUGGUUUUCCUGAGGUCAUGAUUUUUCCCAAAUCCCCAAAUACUUAAUGAUUUGAAACUGAAAUAACCAAGUGUACUUUACUCUUUAAUGGAGGGACAGACUGUUCUGGUGGAACUGACACAAGACAGCGACAAUUUAAGUCUUAUCAUCCUUUCAGCGGAAACAACUCAUCAUGUCUUCAACACUUUAAGUUAAAAGUGAUUCUAUCAAAAUAUGACUUUAUUUUUAUUAAGGGGGAAGGAUAUAUACCGUGUGUGCUGAGAGUGAGAGGAAAAUGACUACAAAUUUGUUUCUCUCCACUUUGGUUUGCCGACAUGCAAAGUAAAAGGCAAAGGUGGGGAAACGUGGGGCAACCCAUUUCAUCACAGGAAACAAGUGUUGUGAGAUUCCUCUCUUCUCAUUCUGUGAAGGUUGAGAGCAAGUAGAAGGUGGUGAGAGAAUGAGCAAAACAGACUAAAGAGUAAAAGAAAUGACACGAUGAAUUAGAAGUAGUAUUAAAAUGAACGUGGUUAUAAUGAAAUGGGAAAGGAAAGUGUUAUGUAACCCUCAGAGCAGCCUGGGAAUUAUUAAAUUCAACAGGAAACUCUUAUGAAGAGCAUGUAGAAAAUAGCUCUUUUUAUGUUUCUUGAUAAUGAGUAAUCCUUUUGUGCAAAUAAAAGUAGGUGUAAUGGGCAGUCAUAAAAUUAUCAUUGACAAGGAUUAUGAAUGCAAUGACAGGAUGUAUGGCUUGCCUUUGGGUUACAGGGUAUGGCAGGUUAUUGUAAGUAAAGAGCGGUAUUGAGGGUAACUCUUUAUUUUGUUUUGUCACACUGUUUUCUGCUCAUUUUAUCUUGAAAAUUAUAAUAUUAUUUUACAGUUUUUGGUUCCACGAAAGAAAGAAAAGAAAGUCUGUUCCUGUCAGACAAAGAGAAAGUACACAUUUGGCUUUUAAUGCCAACAAAUUAAAAAUCACUCCCCAUAUGGAUCAUACACAGCAUGAUGAUCAUUAAAUGGGUGCUUUGUAAACUAAAGUAAUGUGCCCAGCACACAUCGGUCACAUUCAUCCACACAGUGUGCUGUGAUCUUAUGUUAUCCAUGUGAACACCAAAAAGAAAGUACGAUCUAUUUACACAUCAAUCUCUUUCGUUGAAUAAAGUCACUGAUGUCCAAUUGUUAGGAAAAAAAGGGGGGAAGUAAACAUCUCCUUAUAAAGCCCAACAACAAGCAUCUUCCCCCCCAGCACCUUCCUCAUGGACGUGGGACUCAUUUCUUUCCAGCAUCUGCUCCAUUACUGUCUGUCCCACUCUCGUUAGCACAUCGAGCUCUAACAGUGUCCACUUAAAGAUCUAGCUUACUGAUAUGUGUUCAACAACAAUAGUAAACAAUGGUGCUGAAGUGUAUACUAAUGUUUGUAAAUUAUUUGAGACAUGGAUGUAAGUUUGCACUGUCAUACAUUUUGUGAGUCAAAGUUUUAGCGGUGUGCUGUGUGCUUGUUUUAUUUUUGUUUUUUUCUUUUGUGAUUUUUGUUCCUUUUCUUUUUAUUUUGAUUCAAAAUGUGUGUGAGAAGGUGUACUGACACGUUAAAUGCUAGAAACUCUUAAAAAAACAUGAAUAAUGGUCGUUUAUUUCUCUUGUAAAUAUUUAAAAAAAAAAAAAAAACAAUUUAUAACGCUUCGUUAGAUGUCAAAGCCUCUCAGGAUUUGAGUCCACAACGUUGUGUCCGAUGGGACUGAUUGGAAUCCUCUCUCUGCCUCACCUCUGUGCUCAUUAACAAACCAAGAGGGCAUUUCAGUGGCCAAAAGUGGUGGGCUUUUUUGCCCCAACUUCAGUCUUAUUUUGUUGAGACGCACCAUACAAGCAGCACUAGACUCAGAGUUGAUGUGCCAUAGGCAAACACUGCCCUCCAGAGGGUCCACUUAGCACAGCAUUUGCUGCAUGGAUGCUGGUGAGGAUACAGUACAAUGACAUGAUUUUAAUAGAAUCUGUACUGGUGUGUUCAAAGGACAGACUGAGAGUCUAGGGAUUCAUUCAGAUUGUUUGGAAAAUGGAAAUGUAUUUUCUCAUUCAGAACAUCCAGAUAAAUAAGAUUAAUUAUUUUCCCUUGAAUUACAUACCACACAUUUUUCAUUUCCGCCAAUAUUCUUUUAAAUGUCUCUGAUGAUUUAUCAUGUAAUUAUGAUUCUUACCUUUUUUGUUAUGUUUUCAAAGAUGGCUAUUAUGUAUCCUGUUGAAUCCUCUGAAUGGUGCCAGGGAUGCAUCGGAGAUUAUGAGUCUUAUACGCACACACCCACAUAGUGAUCUCUUUGACAAUUAGGCUUCCUCAUACCCUAGAGGCUUACUAUUCUGACUGUGCCUCAGAGGUUGAAUUUUGUUUGCCUGUUGUAAAAAAAAGAAGUGAGUGCAGAGUGAAAACAUUUGAAAGAGAUCAAAUGAGGAUGUGUGAAUAAGAUCACCGCAGAUACCUCUGCCACUGCAAACCUGUCCUGUUUUCCUCCGUUUUUAUUCCUUUUCUCACCAGUGUCAUGUAAAAAGGCGACGUGUUCUCAGUAUGUUGUGUGUGAUUAUUGAAAGGUGUGAUUCAAGAGUGGAGGUCAUCCUAUAACGGGGAGAGGGAGUGGUCACCUAGUGUGUGGAGCCUAUAUUACAUGAGAGAUGUGGGCAGGGAAAGGAUGAGGCAGGAGACAGAUAGUUUAUAUAUUUAAAAAAAAAUGAUAUUAAAUGUAUCAGAAAAAUACAAUAAAAUAUGCUUGUAUUUUCCCUAUAUAGGUAUUAGAACAGUUGUUCACCAAUAGGAUGUUUUAAAUGAAAGGCGUUGAAUGUCUGGGGAGUUUCAUAUGUUUUUUGUUGUGCCCUGAAAUGAUGGCAGCUUAAAAACACUUGGGGUUUUGCCCAUGUUACAUCUCAAUUAGUACACCCCUCCCCCCCAUAAAAAUGAAAUAUAUAGACAUAUAAAAUUUGGUGUAUCUGAUAUCUAUGGUGAUUGUGCCUUUCACUAUUUCUGCAUGGUUUUUGUGAUGUACUGAUUUUUCCAUCCCCAAAGUGGAUAGUCGUCCACUGACAGGCAAGACCUAUGCAAAAGUCAACGGAUGGGUUUUCCAGCACCCAUUCAGAAAACACAGGUACCCGCCAAAAAAACAACAACAACAACAAUAAAUUCUCAGGUUAACACCUGAA